AUGCCUAGCGGACAAGCAGUCUCUCCGUCAUCACUGCCUCUCAUGCUUCAGCACGCCAUUCAUGUCACCCACCAGUUAGGCUUCCGAUAUCUUCAGGUUGAUGCUCUUUUCAUCAUUCAGGAUUCGAUGCUGGACUGGGAGGAGCAGGCCGCUCAGAUGCACAACAUAUAUCUGGGCGCUACUAGCACCAUAGCGGCAGAUGUGGGGAACAGCAGUGGUUCUGGUUUAUCAUGCUAUCAAAGCAGGCUAUUGCUACACGGGAAGCGGAUCCCUGACGAAGACCUCAGAGUGGUCAUUGAGCCAUACAAGGUGCACGGGUGGUAUGUUAACACUACAGAGAGACUCCAAUGCAUCGGCCAUCCAACCCCCCUCAUAAGAAUGAUAGCGCGACGAUACCAAGAAAUCACGACUCUACACUUCAAGCGCGGGCAUGGGCCUUUCAAGAACGUAACUUGUCAAAGAGAGUCUUGUAUUUUGGUGAAUUCGAGACGGGAUGGGAAUGCAACAAGUUGA